AUGACUUCCCCUGCCCUUGGCCAAAAAAUGAUGAAUAACGUGACCAUCAAAGUGGGAACACUGUUUGAGUGCGAGUCCAUUCAGGAACACUUGGACUACACGGAGAAACACUUCAUCUACGAUCCAAUAUGGCGGCAGACUGCCAUCGGCUGCACCAUACUCUGCCUUUUACAGAAUAUGUAUAAAUUCAAUGUCACCUACGUUUUCGAGAAUCCAGUUUGGAAUUUGACAUUAAGUCCUUCACUAAGGAAUAUGUCCUAUCAAAUAAGUACCAAAGCUGAUGUCUACACCAGAUCCAUGAGUCUAAGUACUGAGUUUUUGAAGGACUCCUACCCGGUACUUGCUAUUAAUACUUGGCGUUUUGGCUUCCUUCUAAGUCGUAGGGACCAGAAAUUCUUCACCACAUUCUACAGCAAGCCGUUUGCCCGGCCUGUAUGGAACUGCCUGUAUGCCAUGGCUUUUCUCACCAGCAUCAUCUUCUACAUGCUCAAACGAUGGGAGUUCAGCGUGGUCGGUGGGUGGCACUGCAGCUUCGUGUAUGAAUCCCUGGUGAUCAUUGGUGGAUACUGUCAGCAUAUACCGCCAAUAGACACAAGGUUGCCAUCAAGAAGAAUUGCCUACUUCAUCUUCUUUGUGUUCACCUACAUCGUGUAUACGUUUUAUACUUCUAACCUGCUCUCCAACUUGGUGAACGAUACAGAUAAUGAAAUUAAUCUGGAGACACUCGUCGCUACUGAAUACAUGCGUGUUAUUGUCGACUAUAUGAUGAGGUCUAUUGUGGAACGUGUAAGUAUUUUUCUCAACUACGGAGCGAUAUUCGACAGGUUGAUGGCAAUGCGAGUGGUGACGGUCAUCAAAGGACUGGAGGAGGUGAAGACGGGGCGCGUCGCUUUACUCUCUGACUAUACUACCAUAUACCCGUAUAUGAAAAGGGCAUACGACAACGAUGACAUUUGCAAGUUGGUCUCAGUCGACAUUUUUUCUGGAAUCAAAAAGUACUUCCGUGCUUCGAAAGACUUUGCAUACAAGGAACAAUUUAAAAUUGGCACGCUGCGCAUAAAAGAAUCCGGAAUACUACAGCGGAUAGUAUCAACCGAGUUUGAAGAGCCUAAGUGCACGAAAAGCCACCUCAUACAAAUAUCUAUGCAGCAAAUAUCAAUACCUAUUACUAUACUCGCGUGUAGUUACGUCAUAUCAUUCUUGAUACUUGUCGUAGAAAGAAUUCACUAUAAGAGAUAUGCUGUUUGGCCUUACGUGGAGUAA